AUGGAGAGCCCCGCGGGCGGCAGCGCUGCAGCGGAGCCGCCGCACCCCAGCGCGGAGCCGGAGCUGCCGGCCGUCGGCCCCGCGGAGGCGACUGCGGGCGGGGGGGAGGCGGCGGAGGUCGGCGCGGCGACACCGCGACCGCGCUGCCUGCGGGCCGUGUAUGUACUUAACGACCCUCCCAAGGGCGCCGCCGGGGCGCGGAGCCCCGAGGCCGGGGCACGGCAGUGUCUGCUGCGGGCCUGCGAGGCCGAGGGAGCCCAGCUCGGCACAGUCAACUUCGGGGAGCUGGACUUCGGGGAGACGGCGGUGCUGGACGCCUUCUACGACGCGGAUGUUGCAGUUGUGGACAUGAGUGAUAUUUCCAAGCAGCCAUCACUGUUCUACCACCUUGGCGUGCGUGAAAGCUUUGACAUGGCUAAUAAUGUUAUACUCUACCACGACACUGAUGCUGACACUGCUCAGUCUCUCAAAGAUAUGGUAUCUCAGAAAAACACAGCUUCCAGUGGCAAUUAUUACUUUAUUCCGUACAUCGUCACACCUUGUGCUGACUACUUUUGCUGUGAAAGUGAUGCCCAACGAAGAGCUUCUGAGUAUAUGCAGCCCAGUUGGGACAAUAUCCUGGGGCCACUUUGUGUCCCACUGGUGGACAAGUUUAUCAGCCUUCUCAAGGAUGUUCAUGUCACGUCAUGUGCUUAUUAUAAAGAAACACUCCUAAAUGAUAUUAGAAAAGCUAGAGAGAAAUAUCAAGGAGAUGAACUCGCUAAGGAGCUGGCCAGGAUUAAGCUUCGUAUGGACAAUACUGAAGUGCUGACUUCUGAUAUUGUCAUAAACCUGCUUCUUUCUUAUAGAGAUAUUCAGGACUAUGAUGCUAUGGUGAAGCUGGUAGAAACACUAGAAAUGCUUCCUACCUGUGAUCUGGCCGAUCAACACAACAUUAAAUUUCAUUAUGCUUUUGCAUUGAACCGAAGAAAUAACGCAGGUGACAGAGAGAAGGCACUUCAAGUUAUGCUUCAAGUCCUGCAGACAUGUGAUCACCCUGCUCCAGAUAUGUUUUGCUUAUGUGGGAGGAUCUACAAGGACAUGUUUCUUGAUUCUGACUGUAAAGAUACCAAUAGUCGAGAUCAUGCCAUUGAAUGGUAUCGCAAAGGAUUUGAACUCCAGUCAACUCUGUAUUCUGGAAUUAACCUUGCAGUUUUGUUACUCGUUGCAGGACAACAGUUUGAAAGCUCAAUGGAGCUGAGAAAAAUAGGUGUACGAUUAAACAGUUUAUUGGGAAGAAAAGGAAGCCUAGAAAAAAUGAACAGUUACUGGGAUGUGGGACAGUUCUUCAGUGUGAGCAUGCUGGCUAAUGAUGUUGGCAAAGCAGUACAAGCAGCAGAGAAGCUUUUUAAGCUGAAACCUCCAGUAUGGUACUUGAAAUCAUUAGUUCAGAAUCUGAUGUUAAUUCAGCGUUUCAAGAAACUCACCAUAGAACAUUCUCCUAGACAAGAGAGAUUGACUUUCUGGCUAGAUAUAAUUUUUGAGGCAACGAAAGAAACAACUAAUGGACUGAGAUUUCCAGUUUUGGUGAUAGAACCAACUAAAGUUUACCAGCCUGCAUAUGUUUCAAUCAACAAUGAAGCAGAUGAGAGAUCUCUGUCUUUGUGGCACGUUUCUCCCACUGAAAUGAAACAGAUUCAUGAAUGGAAUUUUACAGCUUCUUCCAUUAGGGGAAUAAGCAUUUCCAAGUUUGAUGAACGAUGUUGUUUUCUUUAUGUCCAUGACAACUCUGACGACUUUCAAAUCUACUUUUCUACAGAAAACCAAUGCAGUAGAUUUUGUGGGUUGGUGAAAGAAAUUUUGUCUGAUGCAGUUGGCAGUACCUUGGAACUGGAAGGAGAAAUAGAUGGAGACACAUUGGAGUAUGAAUAUGAUUAUGAUGAGAAUGGUGACAGGGUAGUUCUAGGGAAAGGUACUUAUGGAAUAGUUUAUGCUGGAAGAGACCUUAGCAAUCAAGUCCGAAUAGCCAUCAAAGAAAUACCUGAGAGAGACAGCAGAUAUUCUCAACCUCUUCAUGAAGAGAUAGCACUGCAUAAAUAUUUAAAGCACCGGAACAUUGUCCAGUAUCUUGGCUCUGUUUCAGAAGAUGGAUACAUUAAAAUUUUUAUGGAGCAAGUACCAGGAGGCAGCCUCUCGGCUCUUCUAAGAUCUAAGUGGGGCCCAAUGAAAGAACCUACAAUUAAAUUUUACACCAAGCAGGUUCUGGAAGGCCUUAAGUAUCUUCAUGAGAACCAGAUUGUACACAGAGAUAUAAAGGGGGAUAAUGUUUUGGUGAACACCUAUAGUGGCGUUGUAAAAAUAUCUGACUUUGGUACUUCCAAACGAUUGGCAGGAAUCAAUCCAUGCACAGAAACAUUUACAGGAACCUUGCAGUACAUGGCUCCAGAAAUCAUUGAUAAAGGACCACGUGGGUACGGUGCACCAGCUGAUAUCUGGUCAUUAGGCUGUACUAUUAUUGAGAUGGCAACAGGCAAGCCUCCAUUUCAUGAGCUAGGGGAGCCUCAAGCAGCAAUGUUUAAAGUUGGGAUGUUCAAGAUUCAUCCUGAAAUUCCAGAAUCACUGUCUGCUGAAACAAGGGCCUUUAUUUUGCUCUGCUUUGAACCCGAUCCUAGUAAACGUGUUACAGCAUCUGAUUUGCUCCGAGACUCCUUCUUGAAACAACUGAACAAGGGCAAGAAAAGCAGAAUUGCAUUCAAGCCUUCAGAUUACAACCGUAACACAUCCCUCCCGCUGCUGAUCCACGGAGAGCAGGCUGGCAGUAGCAGCAGUGAGCACGGCUCCGUGUCGCCAGACUCUGAUGUACAGCAUGACAUGUUUUUUGAAAGGCCAAAGAGAUCCAUUUCAGAGAUUCAGACAAAACAUCCCAUUUCCCAUUUACUAAGUGUGCCUGAUGAGGGCUCAGCCUCUGAGGACAGGAGCACCUGCCCUUCCUUCGAGGAUAAGGACUCCGGUCUGUUCCUGCUGCGGAAGGACAGUGAGCGCCGAGCGAUCCUCUAUAAAAUCCUGAAGGAAGAGCAGAAUAAAGUCGCUUCCAAUUUGCAGGACUGUAUCGCACAGAGCUCUGAAGAACUGCAACUUUCAGUUGCCCACAUCAAGCAAAUUAUUGGGAUUUUAAGGGACUUCAUCCGCUCACCUGAGCAGAGAGUGAUGGCCUCUACCAUAUCCAAAUUGAAAAUGGAUUUGGACUUUGACAGCACUUCCAUCAAUCAGAUUCAUCUGGUGCUGUUUGGCUUUCAGGAUGCGGUGAACAAAGUAUUAAGAAAUCAUUUAAUAAGGCCCCACUGGAUGUUUGCAAUGGAUAACAUCAUUCGCCGUGCAGUCCAAGCAGCUGUCACUAUCCUUAUUCCAGAGCUUCGAGCUCACUUUGAGCCAGCAUCAGAAACUGAUGGUGGGGACAAGGAUGGUGACGAAGGGGAAGACAGUUUCCAGCCCUCAGAACAAAAUGGAGCUGAGGAUCCUGCCGUCACAUCAGGAGUCAGCUCCCUGAGUUCUGUGGUGUCACAGGAGGCUCAGCAGCAGCUUAGCCUGGAGUUGGGCAGACUUAAACAAGAGACCUUAAGGCUUUUGGAAACCCUCAUACAGAAGGAAAAAGAGUACCAGAGCCUCUUACGCCAAUCUUUGGAGCAAAAAGCUCAGGAAUUGCGCUUGCUUCGAUUAAAACUUAAACCUGAAGACUCCCAUUGGCCUGCGGCACCUUUGAAGCAGAAUGCAGACCCUGAGCUCACGAGCUGGCUGAAACAACAAGGAGCAGACUUGGAUGCCAUCAAGAGGUUUGCUGAGGAAGAUUAUACACUGAGUGCUGUCCUUAAUGAUAUCACCAAAGAUGAUCUGCGGCAUCUUCAGCUUCGGGGUGGUCUUCUCUGCCGAAUUUGGAAUGCAAUAUUAAUCCACCGGCAGACAUCGGGCAAAACCUCAGUGCAGAAGGUUAAUGCUUCAGGAGGAGAAUGUGAAAUGGAAAUAAGCAAAUGAAACAUACAUUCCUAAUGCUUCAAUAGAUGUGUGUGUAUAUAUAUAUAUAUAUAUAUGUAUAUGUAUCUCUGUAAAGUGGCCUUGCAGGUUUUGCACAACGCUGUAGCUUGUCUGACCAGCAGUGUAAUACACGGGGACUACCAACAGCAUUGAAGACUGGGUUAGUGCACUUAAAUUAUUUAUGAGAGAGUAAUGCACAAGUCAAAUGCCAAUCACUGUAAUAGAAAGCAUUAGCUGUGUAUUUAUUAGCUUUAUUUUAAUAUUUAUAUAUUUUAUUAGCUGACUUUAAAAAAACAAAAGUCUUUUCUGCAAAACAGGGAGCACAUGCCUGGAUUGGCUUCAGCUUUGUGACAACUGUGACUUUCCAAUAUGUUACAGCUUUGCUGCCUGAUGGUUCAAGCAGGGAGAGGAUGUGCUAUAGAGUAUCUGUCCCCUCUUUGUCCAUGAAUGUAUAGAGCUCUCUGUAUUAAAGCUA